AACACAUCAUCCUCACUAUUAUUUAUUAACAAACUAUAGCACCUUGAAAGCGAUAACUUUCCAACCCAUCUCCUCCUUCUAAUUAUCCCCACUCUCUCCCACCAUCACUCCAACCAUUUCUCACUUCUUUCACAAAAAAAAACCUCAAACCUUAUUUUCUCCAAAACAACUUCAAACCUUAUUUCCCCCAAAACAACCACCUCAAACCAUGUCGGUAAAAGAGUGCAACCACCACAAAGGAAGCAAACACAAACGCAUCAGAAAAAUCUUCUGGGGAAUCGUCAUCUUCCUCUUCAUCGUCCUCCUCACAAUCCUCAUCACCUGGGCAAUCCUCAAACCAUCCAAACCAUCUUUCAUCCUUCAAGACGUCACCGUCUACGCCUUCAACGCCACCGUCCCAAACUUCCUCACCUCAAAUUUCCAAGUCACCGUCUCUUCUCACAACCCAAACAACAAAAUUGGCAUCUACUACGACCGUCUCGACGCUUUCGUCACUUACCGGAGCCAGCAGAUCACCUACAGAACCGCCAUACCACCGUCGUACCAGGGCCACAAAGACGUUGACGUUUGGUCGCCGUUUGUCUACGGGACCAACGUCCCGGUAGCUCCUUACAACUCCGCUAGUCUUAGUCAGGAUCAGAGUAACGGAAACGUUCUUGUUGUCGUUAAAUUUGACGGUAGAGUUAGGUGGAAGGUUGGUGCUUUUAUUUCCGGUCAUUACCAUGUUUUUGUUCGGUGUCCUGCUUUUAUUACGUUUGGGCCUCAGAGUAACGGAAUCUCCCUCGGUGAUAGCGGCGCCGUUAAGUAUCAGAUUGUUCAACGGUGCACCGUCAGUGUUUAACGGUGGAGCAACAUCAUUCCGUCAACACCGUUUCCUCUGUUUUUCUCUGUUUCUUGAAUAAAAACGUACUUGGAGCGCUGAUGGAGGAAUUAGAGAAAAUUUGUAAUAUGUGCGCUAAGUUGUAAACUUGUAAUAUUUACAAUUCAAUCCAUUAAUAAAAUAUUUUUUUGUGUCAA